UGACGGCGGCGGACGUCCGAUCGAUCGGACGUCCGUCGCCAAGAUGGUAGAAAAAGCGAACGGCGCGUCUUACUUUUACACAAGUCCAAGAAGAGCUCCUCGAUGCCUUUGUUGAGCUUGGCCGACGUCCGGUAGUGUUUGGCCCCCACAGACUCGGCGUAACUACGACCGAGAGGACGAGUUAAAAAAAAAAAGCGGACGCCGAGACGACGUCGGCUGGGCGCUCACCUUUCCGCCUCCUCGUCGGAGACGUUGCGAUCUUUCUCCAAAUCGAUUUUGUUACCUGCGCGACGUCGGGUUAAAGUCGACUUAGCGGGUCGGCGGGGACGUUUUGAGCGCCACUUACCCACUAUGCAUAAGCAAAUGUCGUUGCCCAACAUCUUCCUCAGUUCUUUGACCCAGUUCUUCACCUGCGACGCAAACGCCGGCUCAGACCAAAAAGCAUGAAAGGAGGGUCCUAGAUUACCUUCUGGAAGGAGUCUUCGUCGGUGAUGUCGUACAUAAGGAUGGCUCCGUUAGAGUCUCUGUAGUAGAUGGGCCCCAAGGCGUGGAAACGCUCCUGGCCCGCCGUGUCCUGAGCGCGCGCACAAAGGGCGGCGUGAGUCGGCGCGCGCCGGGCAAUGGCGAGAGCGUCGUCUUACCCAGAUGGCCAGGUUGACCCGCUUUCCCGUGAUGUUGAGCUUCUUGGUCAGGAAGGACGCCUAGACGCAAAAGAGAAGAUUUUUUUGAAUACGUAAGAUGGGAAUGGAUCCCCACCCCUUUGCUUUGAGAACAAUGACAUCAUUCAGAAGAAGUUUGUUUUUUCCCCUUCCUGUCAUUUCCUUGUGGUUUUCCUCCGGCAUUAACGUCAGCGCAAAUCCGUCGGUUUCUAGGUCCCUGACCCUAUUUCCACUCAACCUGAUGAAGCGUCGAUCUUACUUUUAUUCACAGAUCAUUCGGAAGGAGGGCAAACUUGAUUUGUUGGGUUUGAACAAGUCGCAUCCCCGCCCUGCCCUGCCCUGCCUUGCCCUGGGAGCGCCAGCUAUCUGUCAAUCUGUUUCAGAAGCCCAAUAAUUCAGACGAGCAGUGACGUCAGAGAAGCUGAUCAACUGAACUGUAAAAGUUGUAACAUGACUUGACACGCUACUUCCAACAAGACACCUCGUCGACCACGAGGGUCGCACGGGCUGGACUGGGGUCCGCUCCGUCCGCCCGCCCGCCCCCUUCUCACCUGAAGUGUCGUGAUGUGUUUGUCGUUGAAUUUGUUCUCGCAGUAUCGCAGGACCAUGGACGUCUUGCCCACGCAGCCUUCACCCAGGAGGACCACCUUGAAGGAGAAGCUUUUUCCUCCUCCGCCGCCAGCCGCCGCCAUGGCAGCCCUUCGAUGCGUGACAACGAGCUAGCUAGCCAGCCGGCCGGGCGCCCCCCACCCCCCGCGCCGAUGCUAACACUUAGCACGUCGGAACAUGACUCCUGCGUAGCUCACAUCGGCUUCCGAUCUAGGAGGAAGGGGGGCGUGUGAUGGUGGGGCGGGGGCGAAACGGCCGAGGAAAUCAAAGUCGAAAGUCUAUUCGAUUUGGAGGAGAAAGCCGAAGUUCCUCGUCGCCACCAACAGCGCAACGUCCGCAAAGCUGGCUAAUAUCCUCGUCAGAGAGACGCCGACGUAUCCGAGUAAAUGGCGUCGCUUAGCUCCAGUUAGCCGGCUAGCUCCGAAGCUCGUCUAUUUCGCAAGGGAGAGUCACUCCCGAGCGGGGCGGGACGGACGACGUCAUCCGGUUCUCGGAGCCUUCCGUCCGAGGGAACUCGACGGAAAGCCAAACGAACGUUCGUUCGCGCGGACGGCAGAGCUCCGACCGAUCGACGUUUGCCGUCGCAAAGAAUCGUGCGGUCGUCCCGGUUGAUGCGAUCGCUCGCUCCGUGCGGAGACGAUCUUUGGAUGUCACAUGACGAGGCUCGGUUCUUCCUCAUGAUUCGACAAACAUCUGACAGCGGCGAACAUCUGACAGACGUCAAUGUGACUCGAAUCGGAUUCCGACGCGACGUGAGCCGCAUUCAUUGGAUUUCAUACAUUUGCUCAAUGGGUUUUUGGCUGGAUUUGUCCAAAAUCACACUCUAUCGCUUCCUUUAUGAUUAUAAACCACAUAUUGUUCCAAAUUUGAUGUGUGUCCCGUCAUUGGCUGGCGACCAGUCCAUCGCCUCCAACAUCGGACACGCUUGACGGCUCGUGACUGACGCAUGGCCGUUCCUGACCAAUUUGGUGCCCGAGGCGACAUAUUUAUUGCCCCCCCCCCCACCCUAUUUUCACCACAUAUAUUUAAACACUCACACGGAAAAAGCACGUUAUCUCUUUGUAAUUUAUAAUAUAAAAAAGACAACGAACAAGUGCAGAAAUGAAAAGAAAAAUGCUGUAAUAACUCAAAAGCACAAAUGAAAAGACUUCAAAAACAAAUGCAUUAAAGAAAUGACAGUUGUUAUUACAAUAUGAUUCCCACACAAACCUAUAUAAAGACACACUUUAAAAUGCAACUUUUUUUUCCACCUUGACCUAUAACCUUACCUUGUCUUCACUGAUGCAAAAGCAUCUAUUGCACUUUCAUAUGACAAUUGUUUUGGAAGGUGCACUUCUUUCCUGGACUUGGACUUGGUUCUGAUAAGUUGGCUGUAAAAGAUGGCCCGGGAUGUAGACAGAAAAUAUUUCAGAAGAGCAUUUACAAAGAGCAGCAAGUGAAAGCUGUUGAUUGUGAAUCCAGCAUGACAUAAUAACCAUAAUAGCGCCUAAAUCUUUGCAGCCUACUGUACCCCGUCUAUUGGAUCGGGCCACUAUCUUUGAUGGGCGUAGUUAAAAGAAAAUUCAUUCUUGAAGCAUGGCAACUACACAGGACUAUCCAAUAAUAAUGAAUUAAAUAAUAAAUGAUAGCAACAACAACAACAAAAAAGAUUCAAUUGAAUAUGUUUUUACAUGAAUGUGAUUGCCAUUUUAAUGAAUUAAUGACACAUUUAAUAAAAAAUGUUUGCAUUUAAAUCCGUGGCACUUUAAGUACCACAGAACUUUGAAAUGAUUCAUUCCAUAUUUAAUGGUGUAUUUAUUUAAUGAACCUUGGCACUUUUAGGCAAGGCAAAUUUAUUUGAAAAGCGCAAUUUAACACAAGGUAAAAGUGGUUCACAUCACAUGAAAAUAAGCAAGACAAUUUUAGCCUCCUAUACACGUUGUCCCAAUUUCUCUAGAAUGGGAGGGGGAGUAAAUUGAACUGAAACUAAUCAACAGCUGGCUGAAUAGUGAAAAUAUUUCUAAAACAACAGGCUGGCUAAUGAUACAGUAUAAUUUUGCCUUAGCACUAAGUCAUAUAAGCUCUAUGUGAAUAACCGCUAGCUUGCAGUUGCGCUAAGUCUACGUGCAUAUGCAGUUGAAAAAAAUCAUCGCAACAAACCUCUGUUUUUCUUCACGUCUUUGCUGUCUUUUUUCUUCUGACCCCGAGGGAUUUUGUCUUUUCAUGAAGGUGACAUGUCACCGUAACGUCGCUCAACUGCGGAGGCUAAAAAUAGCCCCUUUGGUAGCUCGCUGGUCUGCUGGGUGGUGAGACUAGGGUCCGUGGUGAAAUGGGCAGAAGACACACUAGAAAAAUGAUUUCAUUCUUAUUUAAAGACUUCUUAUGAACGGUUUUGUUGUUCUUUUGUUUAGAAUAAUUUUUGGAAUACUGCUUUCAUUAAAUAUCAUUUGAAUAUUUUUCUUGACGCCUUUUUGGAUGCUGCUGCGCCCUUAGGCGGUUGCUUGAAUUGCCUUAUGGGCGGCACGGGUCUGACGUGACUGACGAAAAGAACAAGUAAACAAUUGAUCGCCGAGGACCAUCGUUUCCUAGAUUGGUUCCCAAGGUUGCCUGCACGGUACGUCAAGAGUGCUGGCGUUUUGACCUCCGGCUUCCACACACGUCAGCUUCACUCAAGACAUCAACUUAUCCUCGUUUGCCAUUGUACUGACAAAUUCAGUCCAACCAGUUCACAGUAGGGCCUUGAGAAACAAGUUCACUUAAAUAAUCUUCUCUUUUAUCCAGUCAUCCACCUUCCUCUUCCUUCAUGAUUUAUUUAUUUUUUCAAUAAACAGAGCUCUAAUACUGUACAUUAUGAAGCGACAGAGACAUCAUUGAACGGAACGGAAAGCGUUUGAAUGCUGUGCGCCGACCGGCCUCUCGACCCUAUUUAGUGAGGUCGUGACACAUUUUAUAUGACGGGCAGGGCACGUACGCGCAGGUGCUAAGCCUACCUACUUCCCGUUCAAAGCUCAAAGUCCACAAGUCAUAAACGAGAACGACGCCACGCACGAAGAAAAGAACCUACGGAGGACUUCCGAACACUAAUGGUUCCUCAAGAAAAAAAGAAAACAAAUCUUUAAAGAUCGAAAGACGGGAGUCUCGAGUCCCACGCGCGUCGUCGGCGAGGCCCGGCGCUGACGACGAUCGGACGUAGGGUCGGCUCGGAGGACUCCGGCCGAGGCGGCCAUUUUGGACCGGAAGCCAGGUGAGCCGGAGCAAACGUGUCCGACUCUCAACGGUGCUCGUAUCGCUUCAGGUGUGAAACGCGGACACGUCCGAGCCGUCGCCCGGCAACACUCGUCUCUCGGUCAGGUGUCGGCGGGCGCGCUCCACUCUGCGUGCAUUUUGCCUGGUACCGCGUGCGACCGGUUCCGUUGCCGAGCAACGCUCACGCACGUCCGUUUCCAUUCCACGCCGGCCAACAUGGAGCCCGCGGGCGUGCACGGCGAGAAAGAGGCGCUGCGGCAAUUCUUUAGCGGUCGUGACGUCGGGCAAGUUCUGGACAAUUCUGUCGGCGUGGAUACCAGCAUCCUGGAGCGGUACCUCAGCAGCGACUUCGCGCUUCCCGAGUCUCCUCCGGAGUCGGAGAUUUGCUCACCCGAGCAGAUCGCGGAUUUCCAAACGGAGCUCCGCUAUUGGCCCGUCGAUCGCGGCUACGUCCCUCCCGAGCGCCCGGCCCGGUCUCCCGGCUCGGUGACGAGCGCCUCGGCGUUUGUCCGCAGCUCUCCCGACGGAAGCAAAAGGAAAAGAACAGAGUCCCAGAAUUCGUCGUCGGGACCGGAUCCCGACGGGACCAGAGGAGGACCCGUCGCCGGCGGUCGCCUGACCUGGGCGAGGUUCCGACCCGACGACUGGAACGUCAUCCUGGACGUAAACAUGCGCGCGAUGCUUCCUCCGGUCUUGGCGGUGGACGCGGACAAAGGCUUCAACUUUUCGCCGGCGGACGACGCUUUCGUUUGCCAGAAGAAGAACCACUUCCAGGUGACGGUCCACGUGGGCGCGGCCGCAGAGCCCGCCUACGUGAGGACGCCGGGCGGCGCGCGUCGGCCGGACCGCCUCGAAAUCCAAGUGUUCGGGAUCAAGAUGGACUCUCCCGACCGUCGCGUGACUAUGGAGCAGUCUGAGGCCGACCGCAGCAAAAAGCCUCUGCGGCCCGUCAGGGUGGACGUGGCGAGUGGCGGAACCAGCAAAGUGACGUUGGGACGCCUCCACUUCGGCGAGACCACCUCCAACAACAUGAGGAAGAAGGGACGACCCAACCCCGACCAGAGAUAUUUCCAGAUGGUGGUGGGCUUGUACGCGGCGGUCCGCGAGGAAGACCGAGAUGCCGAGUCCUCAUUCCUCUUGGCCGCCCUCGUGUCCGAGAGACUCAUCGUCAGGGCUUCCAACCCGGGUCAGUUCGAGAUGGAGGGCGACAGCCUGUGGCGGCGCGGGGCGGACCGGGACGCCGUGGCGUGUCACGGUCGGGUGGGCAUCAACACGGACGCGCCCGACGAGGCGCUGGUGGUGUGCGGCAACGCCGCCGUCAUGGGACGCGUCAUGCAGCCGUCGGAUCGGCGCGCCAAGCGCAACAUCCGAGAGGCGGAUCCCGAGGAGCAGCUCAGGCGGAUUGCGCAGAUGCGACUGGUGGAGUUUGACUACAGACCCGAGUUUGCCGCCAAGAUGGGCAUCGAAGACGCGCGCCGCACAGGCGUGUUGGCUCAGGAGGUAAAGGAGCUCCUCCCUUCGGCCGUCAAAGAGGUAGGAGACGUCACGUGUCACGACGGCCGCAAGAUCGACAACUUCCUGGUGGUGGACAAGGAGCAGAUCUUCAUGGAGAACGUGGGCGCGGUGCAGCAGCUCUCCAAGAUGGCCGACAGCCUGGAGACGCGCGUGACCGAGUUGGAGGUGUGGAAGCGUCGCCUGGCCAAGCUCAAGAGUCUAACGGGAAGUCUGCGCUCCACCGGAACUUUGAGAAAACAAAGCACCGGGCCGGCGUCGCAGACUCCGGACGCACGUCCUAAAGCCUCCGAGGAGGGCGGCGACGUUUGCGUGUCGCGGGCGGUGUUCAGGGCCGGCGUCCUCGCGCUGUGCCUCGCCGUCGCCUUUUGCGUCAUCGCAAUCGGCGUCAUCUACCUGCUCCACUUGACACGUCUCAAUACCGACUCCGCUGGCGUCAGCAACAGCAGCGUGCUUCCCGCGCGAACGACGGCGAGCGCCGGCGGCGGCACAGAACCGCCCGUCGUCCCCCCCGGGCCCUGGCCGCCCGACGUGCACUUCUGCCACUUGCUGUAUUGCAACACCGUGUACUGCUGUCCCUCGCCGGCGGGGCCGCUCGGCGCGGCGGACGACCCGACCGCGGACGGGAAGUGACCGUUUCUUUUUGGCGCAGAGAAAAAUCGAGACGACUUCCUCCAGAACAUUCAAAGCUCCGCGGACUGGACCAACACCUCUAUCGAGUCAUUUGUGAUUAAAGAGAACCGACAGGUGAUCGACAGCCGCUAUUGCGUGCGAGACCAGUGCGGACCCGACCGCUUUGUCUUCCGAGUCCCUGUCAGUCCUUUUGUUCCGAUCAACAUGCGAGUGACGCUCCUGAUGAAUUCCACCGAGCCGCUGGUGGUGCACCUGUGCGCUUCUCAAGAAUCGUCCACCUGCGAGGCCCCGCGGGACGGAAACCUCGGCGGCGGUCGGUACCCUCCGAACACGCAGCGGCGGCCCAGACCGACUCGCGCCUUUAUUUGCAGGGGGAGCACGAAUGGCCGCUCCGCGUGGCUCGCCUGUACCACGGCUCGUACCACUUUCGCUCUACGGUGGCCGGCCAAGCCGACUGCAGUACAGACCAUCACUUCGGGGGGGCGCUCUUCACAGACUACCAUUUCUACUUCUACCGGCGAUGCGGCCACUGACGCUUUUCCCGUCAUCGACAAAUACGAUCGACUCCGAAAUUUGAGCGCAUGUUAAAAAUGUCAACGAAAGCGGUCCGGACGAGAGGGCGGGUCACGGCGUGGCGACGUCGUCGAGGACCGACGGGUGGACGCCGGCGGCCCGCAGACUUUGCCGCAGUCUCCGCGCGGUGGCCUUCUUCCCCUGCGAUCGUCUCCAGAGCAAGAGCGCGGCCAGCGCGGCGUCGCGGCAGCAGAGGGCGUGGUCGGCGCGGCAACGGAAGAGGGCGGCGGGCGACACGCCCAGGUCCGUCGCCACCGACUCCCACUCGGCGCCCAGGGCGGACGCCAGACGCGAAAGUUGCCGAUCCGACGGGAUUUCCACGCCGGAGUCUACGACAAACACAAACGAUUGGAGUCACUUUUGUCAUUGGUCCAAAUAAAAGUCGCUCAUCUCAAACUGGCCACGGGCGGCGAUAGGCGUCCGCUCCUUUUUAAAAAAGGAGCGGGCGUCUAUUGUCGUCAUUGUUCAUUUAUGAAAUAACGGUCGUUUGAGUGUUGGAAAUUUGCGAUUGUAACAAUGGUUUCAAAGUCUGACGCACUCCAAAAAAAUCGAUGGAAAAGUACUUGAACUGGCGUUUUCACAGUUCCAGGCGCAUUUAUAGUACAGU